GAGCUGAGGGUGAAUCCAUUGAUUUUUCCGACCAUGUAGUAAGGAUACGGUGACAGUUUUAACAAGAAACCUUUUCAGUUUGUGCUCCACCAUCGCAAAAAGGGCGUAUGUGCUCCUGGCCGCUUGAUUUUCGAGCAGGGGUGCUCUGUGUUGCUGGGGUAGAGUCUGUUUUAGCAGCACUGCAUCAACAUGGGUGUGAUUGGUGUUCAGCUGGUGGUUACCAUGGUAAUGGCCAGUGUAAUCCAAAAGAUUUUACCUCAUUAUUCCUUUGCAAGAUGGCUGUUGUGCAGUGGCAGUCUGCGAUGGUAUCAGCACCCUACGGAAGAUGAGUUGAGGAAUUUAGUUGGAAAACAAAAAGGACAGAAGAGGAAAGACAGGAAGCAUAAUGGUCACAUAGACAAUAAGCCGGUAACUGUUCCAAAGGACAUAGACCUGCAGCUGGAGACAAAAUGCAUCACAGAAGUCGACACUUUAGCAUUGUAUUAUUUCCCUGAGUUCCAGUGGCUCGUAGAUUUUACAGUAGCAGCAAGUGCAGUCUAUCUGAUAACAGAGCUUUACUACAGUGUGGCUCAGCCCUCAGGAGAGAUGAACAUCAGUGUGGUCUGGUGCCUACUCGUUCUCGCCUUCGUUAUUAAGACUCUUUUCUCUCUAACGGCCCACUACUUCAAGCUGGAGGAAGGAGGAGAACGCUCGCUCUGCAUUACUUUUGCUUUCUUUUUUUUUGUCAAAUCCAUGGCCAUUCUUAUUGUCACUGAAAACUACCUGGAGUUUGGACUUGAAACAGGUUUUGCCAACUUUUCUGACAGCGCUCAACAGUUUCUGGACUAUCAGGGCCUGGAGUCACAGGGUCCAAUAUCUAAACUCACCUUCAAGCUGAUUCUGGCCCUGCUCUGCUCUCUGAUUGGAGCAUUUCUAACUUUCCCUGGCCUACGACUUGCUCAGAUGCACUUAGAUGCACUCAAUUUAACCACAAACAAAUUUACACAAACUUUGCUUCAUAUCAACUUCCUGUCCCCCGUCAUCAUGGUCCUGCUCUGGGUGAAGCCCAUUACCAAGGACUACAUAAUGAACCCCACUCUGGGAAAAGAGAGUGUGCCUUUGAUGACUGAACAGACGUUUGAUACUUUGCGGUUAUGGGUUAUUAUACUGAUGUGUAUGCUCCGGCUCGCCGUGAUGAGACAUCACCUGCAGGCCUACCUCAACCUGGCAAAGAAAGGUGUGGACCAGAUGAAGAAGGAAGCGGGACGGAUAAGUACCGCUGACUUGCAGAAGAUGAUUGCUCGUGUUUUUUACUAUUUGUGUGUAAUCGCACUACAGUAUGUGGCACCCCUGGUGAUGUUGCUACAUACAACUUUGCUGCUAAAAACCUUAGGUGGUCACUCCUGGUGGGUCUAUCCCCAAGAAGACCUGCCGUGCACCCAUGAAAUGAACUCUGAUUCUGUAUUGGGGGCAGAACCAAUCGCACCCUCCCAACCAGCAUCAGUGCUAGAAACAGGGGCUCGGGCAUCCGUAGUCCAACUUUCAAUGGCUCUGGGGGGCCUGCGGACAGUUUUUAGCCCCUUACUUUUCCGGGGCCUUUUCUCCUUCUUCACUUGGUGGAUUGCUGCCUGUCUUUUCUCCACCUCCCUCUUUGGCCUCUUCUAUCAUCAGUAUCUCAUGGCAGCAUAGCAUCAACAAUCCAAAAGGGCCAUUUAUACUACUACAGUGCUACUGUGUGUUGACUGUGAUCAAAAAGAACUUGGUGGGUGGGGGGCAACAUAGGCCCACCAGUGACUCUGCUCCACAGCUUUUCCUGUUUCAGUCUGUCCACCUCAGAUUGAAUGAUCAUUUCAUCGCAACUCUUGGGUUAUUUUUUUUUUGUUGUUCUUGUUCCAGCGCUUCCUCCACAAUUGUUGACUGUGAACUCUGAUUAUUAGUUAGAUUUUUAUGACCAUGGUUUUUCCUAUUCGGGCUGUAAUUGUUUUAAAACAGUAGACACCUAUAAGUGAGUGUCAUCACUGUAAAGGCACAGAAAUAACAAAACAAAGCUUCCGUACACAUUUUAAAUGAUACAAUACUCUGAGAUGGUAGUCUCGAUUGUAUUUGUUGAAAUGCUGUCUAGCAGUUCUGAAUUAAGUUCAAUUAAUGUUGAUUAUUCGCAUCUAACUACAAUGAGUCAUAUCCAUUAAUAUUUUCUGAUUUUUUUUAUACCUUUAAAUUUAGAACAA